AGGGAUGGGCCCGUUUCAUUUACCUGACAGGCACAGGUCAUGGCAGCUAAGAUCAGUGGGAGUGUUCUGGUGACCGGGUCCAACCGGGGGAUUGGGCUGGAGUUGGUCCGACAACUGUCUGAAUCCCUGUGCCCGCCAAACCAGAUCUUCGCUGGAUGCCGAGAUCCAAAUGGACCCAAAGCUAAGGAGUUGAGGGAGCUGGCACAAAAACACCAGCGACUGAUCACCCUUGUGUGCCUGGACACAACAAACCAGGCCAGUAUAACAGAGGCUGCGAGGGUGGUGGGAGCCAAGCUGAAGGACGGGAGUCUGAAUUUACUCAUCAACAAUGCUGCCGUGAACAUCCCUGGCUCUCUGGCAGAGACGGGAGAGAAGCAAAUGAUGGAGGUGUUCCAGACCAACACUGUAGGACCAAUGCUUCUGACUAAGGAGUUCCUGCCAUACCUUCGUAAUGCAGCCUCCCAGCCAGGUGCUCAGAGUGAGAUGUCCUGCCGGAGAUCAGCUGUUGUUAAUGUCUCUACUCUGAUCGCCUCUAUUGAGAAGUGCCCCGAGACCUUCCACGGAGCACCAAUGUACCCAUACCGGGUCAGCAAGGCUGCACUAAACAUGCUUACACGCUGCUUAGCUGAGGAUCUGAAGAAGGAUGGCAUUCUGGUCAUGGCCCUCCACCCAGGCUGGGUGAAGACGGACAUGGGUGGCCCAGAGGCUCCGCUUUCGACAGAGGAGAGUGUGAAAGGAACGCUGAACGUCAUCUCUUCGCUCUCAGAGAAACACGUUGGUACUCUUCUGGACUGGGAGGGGAAGGGCAUCCCGUGGUGAUGGGUUGAAGCACGAUACACAACGAUUUUAACCAAGUACCCUUUUUUAUCAUGUUAACAAAUGACAAUAAAGACAUGAGUAGUGAA